AUGGCUGAAGAGCUGAAGAAGGAACAGGACACCAGUGCUCACCUGGAGAGAAUGAAGAAGAACCUUGAGCAGACAGUGAAGGAUCUGCAGCAUCGCCUGGAUGAGGCUGAGCAGCUGGCUAUGAAAGGAGGAAAGAAGCAACUCCAGAAACUGGAGGCCAGGGUACGUGAGCUGGAAAAUGAGCUGGAAGCUGAGCAGAAGCGAGGUGCUGAUGCCAUUAAAGGUGUACGCAAGUACGAGAGAAGAGUCAAGGAACUGACCUAUCAGUCAGAGGAAGAUAGGAAGAAUGUUCUGAGACUACAGGACUUGGUUGACAAGCUGCAGAUGAAGGUUAAGGCCUACAAGAGACAAUGUGAGGAGUCUGAGGAACAGGCCAACAUUCACCUGUCCAAGUUCAGGAAGGUGCAGCAUGAACUGGAGGAGGCCGAGGAGCGUGCUGACAUUGCAGAGUCUCAAGUCAAUAAACUUAGAUCUAAAACCCGGGACAUUACUAUGAAGAGCGCUGAAGAGUAG